GCCUGCUUUGCAUGGGGGGCCGGGCUCGCAGCCCCCGCUCCCUUCCCCGGGGGGGGCAAACCCCGGGGGACCCUCGGGCCGCGGCUUCGUUCCUGCCCGGCGCUUCUUCCCAGCUGCGCCCGCUCGCCUCGGUCGCUGCCAGCGAACGUCACUUCCGCUCCCUGCGGCUCGGGGCCCGGGUGCCCGGCUCGGGGGCACUUCCGGGGGCGGGGCUGCGGGACGCGCUGUGGCGGGGACGGCGGCAGGAUGGCCCUGAACGCGGCCGGUAAGGAUGAGGAGCUGGGCUGGGAGCCGCCGUCGGAGGCGGAGCUGAAGGUGCUGCAGGCGCGGCGGGAGCGCCAGGACCGCAUCAGCAAGCUGAUGGGCGAGUACCUGCUCCAGGGCUACCGCAUGCUGGGAGACUGCUGCCAGGACUGCGGGACCAUCCUGCUCCAGGACCAGCAGAAGCGGCUGUACUGCGUGGCCUGCCAGGAGCUGGACUCCGAUGUGGACAAGGAUAACCCCGCGCUGAACCCCCAGGCCGCGCUGUCACAGGUCCGCGAGCGCCAGCUGGCCUCCAGCGCCGAGGGCCCCCCCAGCGCCCACCCGCCGCCGCCCGUCCCCCGGCCCGAGCACUGCGAGGGGGCGGCCGCGGGGCUCCGAGCUGCCGCUGCCGCCGCCGCUGCCGUCCCCCCGGACCCCGCCGAGCCCCUGGCCGCAGCUGAGACGGCCGUGCUGCGCAAGCUGGGCUGGGCUGCCCGCGAGCUGCAGCGCAGCGCCUCCAUCGAGCUCAGUGCCCAGCUCUGCGGCCUUGUGCGGGCCGCGGCCGAGGCCCUGCGCAGCCUGCGGGAGCUCACGCCGCCCUGAGACCCCUCCCUGCCCACCCCGGGCACGGACUCACCCCCAUAAACACCCUGGAAUCUC